GGAAAAUAAACAAAAAAGAGGAUCUUCUAGCGGAACUCCUGUCCCCCGAGUGGGAAAAACAGUGGCCGGCUAGUGAAAAGAAGGAACGGAGAGAGCGACUGGCUAAAGCUUGUUCCGAAAGAACUCUCUCCCACGAGGAGCGAGAAGCGGAUUUGCAGCGCGUGGGGGCGUUAAUUAUGAACAUCGUCCGGCUGUGUCGCGUGCAGAGAAUGGAGGAAGAUCAUGAAGAUUUCGAUCACUUUCCGAGCAGCAAUAUUGAGAACAACCGGAAAAGUAGGUGUCCGAUCACGGGAAGAGACCGGAAAUAUUAUUCCGUGAAGGAGCUUUUGCAGUUGGAAAGCGAGAUUAAGUUGCAGUUUUUGCAGGGGCUUCUGAAGGAUAGAAAAGGAAGCAACGUCAUGCGCAUGCUCAUCGCAAAGCACCGGAAAAACGAGCAAUGCGAGAAGUUCUUCAAAGAACGGCACCAGGACACACGGAAAGAACUGGACGAAUUUGAGCAACAGAUCCGCAACAGUGGGAGAAGUUUGACACAAAUCACCGCCAAGGAGAAAGAACGUUUUCAGCAGAUUCACGCCGACCACGAACAGACGAUGCUACUUUUCACCUCCAGCCAAAAACUCGCAACGGAGUAUUCAGCAGAAUUCGACAAGGCGAGCGAAAUCUGCGGCUAUCUCCGAGAGAAGGAUGUCGAGCGCUUUCAGGACCACCGGACGGUGGAACGGGCGGAGAAAAAGCUGCGCGAAACGGGCGACGGGGAUGGGUUGCAGUUGCUGCAGGAUGGUAUCUACGAAAAAGACGGCCGCAGUGCUAUUGCGCGGGAAGACCUCCGCGAGGUCGCGAUCAAGUUUCGGGACUGCGAGCAGAUUGUGAAACGGUUUCUUUUCAACCGCGUGGUGGCGCCCAAGGCACGGAAUAUGGACUUCAAAGCGGAGUUCAAAAAUUGGGAAAAACUAUACGACGUGCAGUUGAAUGUCGAGAUCGAAAACGAGAGGCGCAAGGCGAAGCGGGAAGACUGUCUGCGCGAAAUCCUGGAGAUGCAAUACCAGGUGCACUUCAAUCUGUCGCAGCUAAUUGGGGCGGGGAAGGACUACGAUAAAUCGCAUCGGGUGGUAGAACGGGAAGAUCUUCACGAAACAUUAAACCGUCAGCUACACCACAGUAGAAAUAAUGCAGCACGUCGUAGUAGUUUUUGUGGUGCACGAGCAGGCGGACAAGAAGAUCUUCGAGGUGGAAGUGAUACUAACACAGCGACCCGGGGGAAUGAAAAUGAUCUCCAGCACGCAGGAAAAACAGCAACAGCAGCUGAUGGUGAAAGUAGAGCGGGUCCUACAACCGGACAUCUUCGAGCAGAAGUCGAAGCAGGAGAUCAUUUUUCCCGCAACAUGGCAGGUGCAGUUGAAGGACAACAUAUCCCACGAAGAAACUGUUUCACUGUGAUGCUUCUGCAAGAUCCGCAUCACAAGUUUGCUACACAUGACACAGAAAAUUUGCCAUGCGCGCUCUCCAAGGGAAAACACCUCUAAAGAGUCAAUGUCUUGCAGGUGUAGCAAGGCAAAUAGUUCUGUGUUCCAUUCGAUGCAUCACAAGUUCACAGUGAAACAGUUUUUUCUUGCGAUACAACAUCAAGAUCCACGAAUAACAUGCACCACACGAAUAUCCUGUGCAAAAGUAUCGCACUCGUAUUUUUGCAAUCAUGCAUUACAAAUUUUUUUCUCAAUGUAGAUCGGCAUUACAAAUUUCAUUUCUCAUGCUGAGAAAAUUUGUAAUGCAUUUAUACGAGUACGAUACUUUUGCAGUUCAUAACGAACGCCUACAACUGCCUUACUUGACGAGGUGGAAAAUGAAGAGCAUGGCGACAUCUGCACCACGCGAAAUGCAUCAAAUCCUAAAACCCGAGUCGUGCACCUCGGGAGACAUGAUGAGCACCAAAAGGCCCGGGAGGUUUUGACAAAAGUCUUAUCUGAGGACAGGUCGCAGCGAGAAGUGAUCACGAACUUGUCCAGGACCGUCAGCGAGCAUGGCGAAGGGGAAAAGAAAUUGGAGGCAGAACGACAGCUGGCGGAGAUUUUUAGAACAAGGUUAAACCAUUCUUACGACGUUGCAGCGGCGUUUUCAGCAGAAGCAGAGCAGCAGGGCGAGGGCCGCCCCAACACAACCGACAAAAAUGCCGGAGAAGAAGAACAUCAACCGAUGUCAACAAGAACAUCCCCGCGCGGCCUUUGUGGUAAAAAUAUUAAAUUCCAGUCAGACAAAGUGUACGUAGAACACAUAAUGGAAAAACUCAAACCUUUUUUCCCCCCGGGAAUGCCUCUGCCGGAAAAUUUUCGGCUCGGUGGACCUCCACGUGGCGCUCCGCGUGCUGAAUGGUCUACGAGCAUACAAGAUUAUGCACGUCUGGAAGGGCCGCGCUCUCCGAGCGGGCAGGUCACUUGGGGCGCGGCUACAGCUGCUGCAACUGCAAGUGCGACUUCUACUUCGAGUAGUUCGAGUGUCUCUUCGUCAGAGGUGAACAAGAAGAAGCCACUUCUUGACCGUCGAAACACAACCAGUUCUAUGCCUGCCAAGCCUCGCAGUAGUGCGGCCGGUCGUGGGGUACUACCUCCCGCUUCAUCAACGUCCGGGGUCCCCUCUUCCAGCACUUCCGUGAACAAGUUCGCGGCCUCCUAUUCCAUCGCGGAAGACGGGGAGGAAACCAUGUCGGCAUCGCGGAUUGCGGAAAUCCUGCGCGAAGGGGAGCACGAGGAACACGACGUUUUUUAUCUGGAUGAAGAUGCGGACGAAGAGGACGAGGAAGAUGUGCGGGAAUUUCUGAUGCGGGCCAGCGGCGGGGGAGGGAGCUCGUCCUCGAGCCGCAACUACAGCAGUCGUGCAAGCAGAAUUGGUGGUGGUGGAAUGAAUUUAUUUCCUGCGAGCAGAACAGCUGCCACCUCGGCCUUCUCUAGCACAAGCUCAUGCUCGGGAUCGGCCAGCUGCAGCUCGAAUGCGAAUGACGAGAAUGCUGCUGCGACAACUGCUGGCAGUAAUGACCUUCUGGGCGGUGCCGGGGUCCCCUCUAGGGGGCCCGGAACAACUUCCACCGGCUCUGCUUUAUCCUCUCGCAAGAUGAAGGGUCGACUGAACAACCAAGUUGAGCGUCUUUUACCCCCUGAUAGCGACGAGGACGACAGCACUGAUGAAGACGCUAAAAAUCACGGUGUUGAAGAAGAAGAUGAGUGCAGAAGAUUUAUUUUGGAAGAUGAGUUCGAAUACAACAACGAUGUCUGCAAUGCCCAGGAGCAGCUGGAUUUUGUGAACGACGUGCUGAGGAGCGGCUGUACAAUUCCCGAGCUGUCGGAUGAUGAAGGAGGUGACACUGAAAUCCAUGUUGAAGAUUAUAUCCAGCCCUCGAGGCCAACUAGUUCGACUUUGAUGUUGAACAGCGGGGAAGAAAAAGCUGGCCCUGACAAGAACAGCAAGCCCCAGUCUACUGCCCCCUCGUCAAAAAAGCACAAGAAAGGGAAAAAGUGA